GGGGAGGGCUGGGCCCGCCCGGCGCUUGGCCUGCGGCUCCUCCGGACUCAGUUACUCGGCCUAGAGACCUGCUCAUCGCACGUCCCAGCACUCCUUUGUGACUUUCUAGUAGUCAACAUCUAUGCAUGAGAAUUGGAGACAGAUGAAAACAAGAACAGACUACUGGGAAAUGACAAAAAUAUCCAUCUGCUCCUCCCUGUGUCCGGAACAGCUAGAGGGAAAAAAGGAGACGCGCUACGGACGAAGCUGACCGACCGGCGAUACACCCCCCCUCCCGGCUCUAGCCGCCGCCCAGCCCCGCCGGCGGGGAAGACGAGGCCGGGGCUCGGGCCCCUUCUCCGCCGUCGCCUUAUUUAGUGCAGUUGCCCCGCCCGAGGUACUGAGGCUGCCCCCCGCCGGGGGUCCCCUGGGGCGGGGGCAGUCCGGCCGGGAGGCCCCCCACCUCAGGGACAAGGGGCUGCCGUGAGGGGCAGAGAAGCCGUUAGCGCAACGAACGGGCAGCCGCCGCCGCCCCCCGUACCGUACGGCUCCGGCAGGGGAGGGGCGCGGAGGGCGGCGCGUCCCGUCCCGUCCCCCCGCCACCGCCUCCUCCUCCUCCACCUGCUGCCGCUGCGCCAGUAGCCGGCUGGGGGGAGCCGCCCGCCUCAUCCCCGCGGGGCUCCUUUGUGCUGCUGCUCCAGAGCUGCCCUCAGCCAGGCGGCGGCUGCGUCACGGCCCCGGCGCUGCGGCCGCCUAGAGUCACCCCGCGGAGGGAGAGCUGCUGCCUCGCCCCCAGCUCCGCCAUUGCUGCGCGGGCCACGGCGGAACGACGCCUCGCCGCCCCCCGAGGAAGGGCCGGGAGCCGCGGCGAAAAUCCCUCUAUCCGGGAAGAAUGGUGAAACUGGGGAAUAAUUUCAGCGAGAAGAGCACAAAGCAGCCCCUUUUGGAGGAUGGAUUUGACACCAUCCCCCUGAUCACACCCCUGGAUGUCAAUCAGCUCCAGUUCCCACCUCCUGAUAAGGUUGUGGUCAAAACGAAAACAGAAUAUGAACCUGAUCGCAAGAAGGGAAAGUUCCGUACUCCUAAAAUAGCUGAAUUCACAAUCAGCAUCACUGAAGGGGUUUCAGAAAGAUUUAAGAAUAAUCAAUGCAUUCCAGCUGGGUUGGAAAACUACUACUCUGAACAAGACUCCAGUGCUCGAGGGAAAUUUUACACAGUCAUAAACCACUACAAUCUGGCCAAACAAACCAUCACGCGCUCAGUGUCCCCAUGGAUGACGGUACUGUCAGAAGAGAAACUGUCUGAACAGGAGACUGAAGCUGCUGAGAAAUCAGCUUAGUAUGAUAAGCUAAUUAUUAACACUAUGUCAUUUGAAGGUAACUAAGGGACUUUAAGGAACUUUUCAUUAAAUAUAAUUAUGGAUAAUUUAGAGGUUACUCAUGUUUAUGGUGCAAUUGCUUCUGUUUGCUGAUACUGCUUUGCAAAAAAAAAAAAAACCAAAACCAAACAAAAACUUGCUGCAGAACAUUCAUGGGCAUAAAACAAGGUGCAUAUCGGCAUUGCUUUAGAGCUUUGACACCAUUUUCAAUGUUAAAAAUAAUUCCAACAUUAGAUAUGUUCUUGCAGUUUAUUGGAUACUGACAGAUUUCUUCACUGGAUUUUCAGGGCUUGGACCUUAGAUAAAUCAUGUGUUCUAUUGUCUGAACUGAAACUUUAUUUAUUAAUUUUUUUUUUAUCCUUUGUCAUUUUGCAAACUGAAACACCCCAGCCAUAACUAGAGUGAUCUCUUGUUUAGCUGAAAGCUAUAUUUAAUAUUUAGUUUUGGCUCAAGCAAGAAUGAUAGUCAGCAUUGAUGUCAGGGGCAUAAUGUAAUGACUUGUAUGGAGAAAGAAACUGUCAGGUAGCAUUUUUCUUACUUUUUCUUUACUGUUGUUUAUUUGUAAGUGAUAAUGAAGUUCUCUGCAACAAGGCAUGCUCAAUGUUUUAUUAUUGCUGUCAGCAGGAUUUAACUGCAUUUCCACUGUGGCUUUAGCAUCUUGGUAAGGAUGUGCACUGAAACACAAACUAGAUAGACAUUAUGGAAAAACACAGACAGUUUUAGUGGUGGAUGUUGAGGAUAGUGUAAAAAAUACACAGUUUGGGAUGUUCUAAUGAGAAAUGACAUCUUUUGAUCAUACUUAUGAGGCAGAAAGCCUGUUCACACUAGAUAUAGUCCACUAUGUAAUUUAUUGGAUACAACUGAGGGAGUAAUAUGUCUAAAUUUUCUCUUUUAUUACAUUAACAUUUCCCCUUUUUAUUACUUAGAGGUUAAGAGCUUUCAGUUUAUGUAUGGUUUGCAGUUUGAUACUUUAACCACUGAGCAUCACAAGUGAACCAGUAGCACAUUAGAUAACACAACUGGCUGUUUGCAAGCUACAUGUGAAACUGAGCAAGGAGUAGGGCUGUUCAUGUAUGGCUUGGGAGGGGAGAAGACUUAGAAGAACAUCAUAGUGUUGUGGAUGCACGUUAAAGUUCCAUUGUAAUUACAAACUUAUCUGGUCUUUGUGUGAAACCAUGUUUUCAUUUUUAUUAUAAAUCUUAAAUAUACAUUACAAAAAAGACAUCUCAUUAAUUUAACAGUUAGACAAAAUAAGUGUGUGAAGCAUCUGGGCAAGCAGGUCACCUUUUUUUGUUCAUGUAACUUGAAUGGGAGAAGGUGUAGUGGACAUGUCAAAAGUUGGUAGACACUAUACAAAAACAAAGGGAAAACAGCAGUAGGGGCUGUUUCAAGAUCUGUAGUAGAACAAACAUGGUCAGCUCUACUUUUAUUUUUUCCUCCAGUAGAACUGCUUUAUCAACAAUACAGUAAAAAUAACCAUUAUUACUUAAUUCUCUAGGUUUGAUACAAAAUGGGCAUUACACAGUAAUGUCUGUAAAAGGCUUUUUAUUAAGUCAGUGUGGUAUGUGGAAUGCAUCAAAAGCAAUAAAUUAUGUGCCAAUUUUUUCUUUGCAUUUAAGAAUUUCAAGCUUAUGUUAAGACACUCAAAACAUACCAUGUUUGCAUUUUCUACUAGGCAUAUGCUUUAUUGAAUGUAAUUAACUCACAAGUAACUUUUGACAUUUUCACUCUGCAGAGUAAAGAGUAAGGACGUUGCUGCUUGUUGCAUGUAACGUAAUGUAUAGAAAUAAACAUUUCAGAAGAGACAUAGCAAAACACACAUUUCAUAUCAACAUAUUUACAGAGGACAUUCAGAUUUUACAAGAUGGAAAGAUCUGUUCCGCAAGACUGUCCUAGAUAAAAAUGAUUCAUGAUACAUGUCCUCCCAUAAAUUUAGGACAAUAAAAACUUCAAUGCACAAGUAAAUACUGAUGAGAAACAACUUAUUUCUCUCUCUCUUGACAAUAAACAUUAAAAAAAAUACUAAGCUUUAUGAUCUAGGAGAAACAGUUGCUUAUGCUUCUUGAAGUCAAAACCAUUUUUUCCUCUGAUUUCACAGGAGGGAGUUUAUUGAUUCUUAGCCACAGUUGGUUUGGAGACUGGGGGGUUUUUUUUAGUUAACAAAUUGUUCCCACUUUUAGUACUUUGAAGAUUUUGGCUUUAAUAUUGUCUAUCCUUUGGCUUUGUUCCAACAUCCCGGAAGAUGUUUCACUGCACAAUUUGUUUGUGUUGUAGUCUCUCUUUUCACCUAGAAGUAAGCCUCUUUAGUUGACUUCUUAUCAUUAUUAUUACUACUAAAUCAACCUGAUCUCUGACUUGAGCAGUUUCAAAGGAUUAGAAGUAGAGGUCAUACAUGUGCAAAAUGCUCACUAUGUACUGAAGUGGUAUGAUUAAAUAAAAGCCUGAGACAGUGUAGAUGCUUUUGCACAG